AUGCGCGAGGCGCACAGUUGCGAAAUAGUCCUAGUAAAAGAUUGCCAGUGGAGUCUUGGUCUCUCGAGUUGCUUUGUAUCUUUUCCCUUUGAAACCAUGAUCGCCAGAAAUCUUGCUAGAAACGUUCAUACUAGAGCGUUUUGCUCUAGAAACUCGUCUGCAGCCUCUCUUAUUGGUAAAUCCUUUACCACGUCUUUUGCUAGAACAUUCUCUGUCAGAGCAAACCCGGUUGUGGUAGCGCCUCAAAAUGUUGCCAAACGUUGCAUUUCUGUCCGUCGGGCAUCCAACUCGAGCCAUGAUGAUGUUUCAGAAGAUACCCUCAAGGCACAAGACUUGGUGAGCAAACUCCAGCUGCACCCAGAAAUCCGCCAGUUGUUGCAAGAGUUCCAGGAAUUGAUUGUGACCAAGGGAUUCAACCCAGAAAAACCUCCAUCCUUUAUGGAAAUGAUGAAGCUUUUCGCCCACAAAGAUGUGUGCGAUUUGGUUGCGAAGUUGAAAGUUAAAUUAGACGAGGCAGGCAUCAAGAUCUCGCGCGACGACAUGGGCCUGUUGAUGAAGUUGUUCAAGUAA